AUGGCCAACGGGAAGAAAUCUAUCCGUAAAUCCAAAGGCCGAAAACAACAAAACCCAUCUUCAGAAAUUCAAGAACCUGCAAAAGACUCGACCUUCAGAGAAUCUUCCACGGAAGACCCUAACCAGAAGGUUCAAAGUCUUCAGUCUCUUAACGCUUUGCUUGUCAAGCAGGCCUAUGAAAAUAGGCAUCAGAUUGAAUACUUGGUUCAAGCCAAUGAAACCCUUGGCGCUGAGUUGACUCAAAGUAUGAGUUCAGAGUUGCAAAACGGGUUGCUUUGGGUUUAUAUGGCGAGUCAAAUGAAGGAGAUGGGUGGGGCGUUGGAUAGCAGAGUGAAUGAACUGAUUUGUACUAUUGAAAGUGAGAGGGAAAGGUUGAGUUUGGCUUGUAAAGAGAGGGAUUUGGCAAGAAAUGAUUUUGAGUUGCAGGUUAAUGAGUGUAGUUUGAUGAAAGAUAAGAUUAUGGCAAUGGAGGAAAAGGAGAGGAAAUUAGGGGAAGAAAUUGGGAAACUGAAAGUGGAAUGUGAUAGGUUUCUUGGGGAGAUUGAGGAAUUGGAGAAGGUGAAGAGUUUAAUGGCGGAGGAGAAAGACUUGAUGGAGAAAAACAUUGAAGAUUUGGUCCAAGAAGUUGAGACUUUUAGAAGAAAGAUUGAAACUUUCGAGAAGGAAAAGGAAGUGAAUGAGAUGGAGAGAAAUAAACAAAGAAUGAAGAUUGGUGAGUUGGAAAAGGAAACUCGGGAACUGAGUGAGGUUGUAUUGAAUUUGAGGAAGGAAGAGGGAAUCUUGCGCGCCAAGGCACUCGAGCUGGAAAAGAAUUGUCGUGAAGCAAUGGAUAGGGAGGCUGAACAGGCGAAAGAGAUUGGUUCAUUGUUGGAAGAGAAGAGAGCAAUAGAAAUGUGUCUUGAUAGGUUAAAGGAGGAGAAGGAUUCUGCCUCGAAAUCAUUGGAGUUGGCAACGGCGGAGUCGGAGGAUAGGCAGAGAAGAAUCGAGAAGUUAUUGGAGGAACAAGAUGCAGCUAGAACAGAGUUGGAAACGAACAGGAAGGAACUAAAGGAUUUGCAGAACAAGGUUGUGGACUUCCUUGAGGAGUUUCUUGGAGAAGUAGUUAGUGGUGAGAAUGAAAAUUCUGAGCCACAAGAAGACAUGAGUGAUCUGUGGAUUGUUGUCAAUAGGCUGUUCGAGGCAUGUUGGGCUCAUAACAAGAAGAAUGAAGAAUUGUUAUCCGAAGUUAGCAAUAUUAGAGUUUCAUUCGACCAAUUAACUCUUGAGAAGGACAAUACUUUGAAAGUAUUGGAUGAGGAGAAGAUGAAUGGUGUUAACUUGAAAUUGAAAGUUUCGGAAAUGGAGAAGCUACUUGAAGAAACUACAAAAGAACUUGCACAUCAGAAGACUGAAUGGCAGGACCUAAUGAAGGAAAAGAAGGAUAUCGAGAGUCGCUGUGGAUCGAUGGCUGAAGAUAUUGAUAGGCUGCAGAAGGAACUUUUGGAGGCAAAGAGUAGUUUCAAUGAUUUGAGGGCUAAAAUGGAAUCAACCAGCAUGAGUUAUAGGCAACUAUUGACUCUGUUGAAGAACACUGCCUCAUUGUUAUGCGACUCUAAAGAUGAAAAAAAUGGAAAGGAGAAGGAAGAAGCUGCUAUUUCCCAAAAGAAGCUUGAAGACGAAAUCGAACCAAUUGCAACCAACUUAGAGGCAAUCAAACAAGCAUUCAAGAAUAAAGAGACAGUGGCUCAAGAUUUGAACCUGAAAGUUGCUGUUAUGGAGAAAACUAUUGUGGAAGUGGAAAAGAAAAAGAGUUACUGGACUUUGGUCUCCUCGGCAACAACCAUUUUGGCUGCAGUAACCUUUGCCUAUGCUGCAAAGCGACGAUGA